CCUCAAGCCGAACAAACCCAACAUUUCUGAAAACAACCAAAAGGUCUAGAGAACAAAUAAACUAACAAACAACACGGAAGGCACGCCGUCAACAGCUUAAACAUGACGCUGUAUAGGAACAUCAAACACAAAUACGAUAAAAAUACAAAUAAUGUGAUAAAGACUUUUUCAAAACAUAAUAAACAAUUGGCCAACUUGAGAUCAUCAACAACUUUCCUUAUAAAAUGCAGAGAAAAUGGACUAAUACCUGGAUUCAUCGCCAAGGCCACGGUUAACAUUAACAGAAUUUUUAUGGAAAAUGGUAACUUAACCGAAUGUUUGGACAAAACCCUACACAGACAUAUAUAUAAUUUUCAUAAUAUUAUUUUAAGAUUAUUAAUACAACAAAAACACAAACAGAUUCAUGACAAUGAAAGUAGAAUCACAAAACUAAGAGGAAUUAUAGAUAAUAGGGUGGAAGAACAUGACUGUGAGCUAUUUAUGUUAAGUGAAGAGACAAUUUAUAAUAACGUUAAGAACAAUAAUGACAAGAGACUUAUUGAAAAGUUUGAAACCUUAAGGGAAAAUGGAACAGCUAAACUUGAUAUGAAGCAUAACAAAGAUUGGUUUGUGAAUAGAACAGAGAAAAUUAUACCAACAAAUAUUCAAUGGCUACUGUCACUUGGUUCCAAGUUUGCUUUGCCCAAUACGAGAGAAACAUUCCCAUUAUUCAAAUGCAUCACCGAUGGCGAACAAUGCAUACAGACGAUUGAGGAUAAAGAACAGCAAGAGAUAUCGAGAGCAAAAUUUGUUACAUUAAUUGAUGACCACAUGAGAAAAUCGAAAAUGAACGCAAGGGAUAAACUGAUAUUGAAUACAGUGGUUCAAUGUGAAAAAUAUUUGGAGGCAAAUAAUGAUAUAAUUAUAUUGAACUCAGAUAAGGGUAAUAAGACGGUGGCAAUGACUAAAGACGAUUAUAAUACAAAGAUGAUGGAUAUCAUCAAGGACAUGUGUACAUAUAGACGCCUUAAAAAAGAUCCUACACUUAGUCUUCAGAAUAAGAACAACAUCCUUGUGGAAAAAUUAUACAAGCUUAAUGUUAUAAAUUUACUUGACAAAAACAAAUUGACAACAAGGAUUGCUAUAGCCCCAAGGAUAUAUGGUCUCCCAAAGAUCCAUAAGAAGGAUAUGCCAUUACGUCCUAUCUGCUCAUCGAUCAACUCACCUUCAUACAAUCUGAGUAAAUAUAUAAUUGACAUUUUAAGAAAAUUGACAAAUGAUUCUAUUUAUAACGUAAGAGACGCAAGGGAAUUUAAGAAUAGAAUUGACAACACACGCAUAGAGGAUGAUGAGAUACUGGUAUCAUUCGACGUAGUCUCUUUAUUUCCCAGUAUUCCAAUAAACCUGGCAAUCAAGACUAUAGACAGAAAAUGGCAUAUGUUAGAAGAACAUACGAAAAUACCUAGAGAAUUAUUUAUGGAUAUAUUGACGUUUUGUAUAAAAGAUUGCAGAUAUUUUAAGUUUAAGGACAACUUUUAUGAACAAAACAAGGGCAUGCCUAUGGGAUCCCCAAUUUCCCCAAUAAUUGCCGAUAUAGUCAUGGAGGAACUAUUGGAAACAACCCUUGAUCAAUUGGAAAACAAACCAAGAUUAAUGACGAAAUAUGUGGACGACCUAUUCGGAAUUUUGAAAAAAGAUCAAGUGGAAAUUACUUUGAGAACCCUAAAUGCCUUUCAUAGACGUAUACAAUUUACGUUGGAGAAGGAAAUAGACAACAGAUUACCGUAUUUGGAUUCAAUAAUUAUUAGAAGAGGGAAUAUGAUUAAGUUGGACUGGUAUCAAAAACCGAUGGCGUCGGGAAGGCUUAUCAAUUUCUAUUCAAAACAUCCUAAGAGAAUAAUUAUGAAUACUGCGACAAAUUUCAUCACAAGAGUAUUGGACACCAGCAACACGGAAUUUCAUAAGAAUAACCUUAGUAAAAUUAAGAAUAUUUUACUCAAAAACGACUUCCCAUACAAGACGAUAAACCAUUUGAUAGACAACGUUUUAAAUAAGGAGAAUAGGGAAAAGAGCGAACCAUCGAGGAAAAUAUACCAAUCAGUGGAAUAUAUCUCAGGACUAUCCGAGAGAAUAAAACAUUCGGACAUAUAUGACAAAGAAAAAUAUACACUGGCAAUGAAGACGAAUAAUACAACAUAUAAAUUAUUUAAUAACAUGAAGUCCAAAUUAGAUAAACUAGAUAAAUCCAAUCUAGUGUAUGAAAUUAAAUGUAAUGGUGACGAAACCAACAUAUGCCAAAAGGUAUAUGUUGGUACAACGAAAACAAAACUGAGGACAAGAUUAUCAUCGCACAAAUCAGAUUUAAGAACACUUGACAAACCAUUAAAUCAAAAAACAGCCCUCGCUGCCCACUGUGCAAUAACUGGACACCAACCAGACUUUGAAAAAGUGAGAAUAUUAGCUGGAGAGAACAAUCACACAAAACGUUACUUACAAGAGAUGCUCCACAUUAUAAAUACACCAACAGAAAAGAGAAUAAAUUACAAAACAGAUACUGACAACUGC